UACCAUAAUAUUGAAACACACGCUGUGUAACUUUCUGACUUUGUUUUGAGAGAAACACGAAUGGAAGUAAAUCAGUAGGUAAACAAAACACAAUGAACGAAAUAAAUAAAGAAAUAAAAACAGAAGAGCGCCGAACAGUUUUAUUCUGACGUGCACCGCAGUGUCCCUCGCGAGGCCUAGACAUUCUUCUCUGAUGAUCAUUACCUUCCUCUGGUUCUCGCGAGAGCAUCUGAGACGCGCUUAACGGACGGAAAUCUCGCGAGAACUGGGGCCGCGUCUAUGGUGUAGUAGAGGAGAGGAGGGGAGAGAGAGGGUGAGAGGAGGAGGGGGUACUCACAAAGAUGUUGCGUGAUUUUUUUGGAAAUUUAUUUAUUUAAAUAAAAAAAAAAUGGCCGCCGCAGAGAGCGGAGAGGAGAGACUAGGUGACGGAAAGGGGGAGGACCAGGAGGGUUCUAAAGAAGCAAGUCAAAAACAGAAGAAAAGCAAAAAAGAGCAGGAACAGGAUGCGGAGAGGGUCGAGCCCGCCAGUACGGAGGGGGGCGACGGAGAGCGAGCGGAGGCCGGCCAAUCCGAGCCCUCGGCCCCUGAGCCCGCAGCGGCCCUCGGCGCUCCGGAAGCUUCUUCCUCGGCCAAGCAGCGGCGAUCCAUCAUUCGGGACCGCGGGCCUUUGUACGAUGACCCCUCGCUGCCUCAGGGCUGGACGCGCAAACUCAAACAGCGCAAGUCGGGACGAUCGGCUGGCAAAUUCGACGUCUACCUGAUCAACCCAGAAGGGAAAGCCUUCCGUUCCAAAGUGGAGCUCAUGGCGUACUUCCAAAAGGUGGGUGACACCACCACAGACCCAAAUGACUUUGACUUUACGGUCACGGGGCGCGGGAGCCCGUCACGCAGGGAGAAGAGACCGCCGAAGAAGCCCAAAGUGCCCAAGCCGACCGGCCGAGGGAGGGGCCGGCCGAAGGGCAGUGGCAAAAUACGGCAGGCCACAGAGGGUGUAGCAGUGAAACGCGUGGUAGAAAAGAGUCCGGGCAAACUCCUCGUCAAGAUGCCCUUUGUGGCUCCGAAAGCGGAGGCAGGAUCACCCUCGGGGCAAGUUCCCGUCGUCAAACAGCGCCCAGGACGCAAGAGGAAAGCGGAAAAAGAGCAGGCGAGCGUGCCAAAGAAACGCGGUCGGAAGCCGGCGGCUGCGUCUCAGUCUGCGGCAGGAGGGACAGGUUCGAGUGCAGCUUACGCUGCUGCAGCUAUCGCGACAUCGGAGGCCAAGAAGAAGGCGCAAAAGGAGUUGGCAGCCAAGCCUGUGCAAGAGAAGGCGCUUCCCAUCAAGAAGCGCAAGACACGGGAGACUAUGGAGGAGGCAGAAGGGUCCGCUACGACUACACCCGAGGCACCGAGCAGCGUAGCAAAGCGGCCCGUGAGUCAAACGGCGCCCUCUGCUGGAGCGGAGUCAGAAACGGGACAGAAGCUUCACAAGCACUCGAGCCGGAAGCAUAAGGAAGCAGUGGAUUCUGGUAACGGCAGCAGCAGUGGACCGAAGCUCCACAAAAAGAGAGAUCAGCGUGAGCAACAACUGAAACACCUCCACCAUCACCAUCAUCACCACCAUCACCAACACCAACACCACCUGCCCCUGAUGGAGCCGUCCAUCUUCACUCCGCAGGCUCACCAGCUUUCCCUCGGCCACUCCAUGCACGGAGGACCCCCAGUGGAGAACGAGCCCCAGGACUUGAGCACUUCCAGGUCGAGACAGGAGCCGCUAGCCUGCAGGGAGGAGGCCCGAACCGACAGUCACACGGUUAGAGACACUUCAGGCAAGAUGGCAGCGACGGAGUUGCGAACCCAACAACAACAACAACAACAACAGCAGCAGCAGCAGCAGCAGCAUGGCACUGUGACGGGGGAUGGAAAGGAACUGAGAGACAUUGUUCCUCCUUCCGCCGUUCCCAGGCCGAGUCGAGAAGAAACGGUCGAGUCCAGGACGCCUGUGAGCGAACGCGUGAGCUGAAGGACGUGACUGACAUUCAGAGUGACUGACCAAUCAGCAGCAACGGCUGUGUUCUCACGCAGGAAUAGAGGCACUCACAGGGGGAGGAGUUGUUUUUUUUUGUUUGUUUGUUUGUUUGUUUGUUUUAUUUUUUUCUGUUUUGUUUUUUUUAAAACAAGAAAUAAUGGAGAAAAAAAAAAUUCACAAAAAUGUAAAUGUACUUACAAAAGGCAGCUGUUGUGUCGAGUGUUGUGAGUUGGAUGCAGAGCGACGAUACAGUCGCUGGCAUACCGCCUCUGAAUGAACUCUCAGAUUUCUUUUCGUUCGCCCAGUUUCAUUUUUAUCGUUUAUAUUAAUAUAGAAAUCAUAGGAACCAGGUGUUAGUGCUCCGUUAGAGCUUCUAGGAAAUAGCAAAACACUGAGAUAGCGGACAAUGGGUGCACGAGUAACGCUUCACGGGGAAGCCGAUUUACAACUAAUCCUUCCCUGCCAAAACCAGACGAAAUAAGGCUCGAUUUUACAUCAUCUUCAUUUUUGUUUUUUCCCCUUCAUAUUAUAGAAGUGGCUAUUAGAAGAAGGCAGUCUGGUUAUAUAUAACUGCAUGAAGAGUGACAUUUCUUAAUAAAAGCUCAUAUAAGGAAAUUCAUGGGGGCGAGGAGGGGGAUCAUCACUUGUACCCUGUCAGUCAUGUUCUAAACAAGAAAGGCUAAUCAAAUCCUGAGAGAUUUCCCAGUUUAUGGGACGGGAAGAGGAUGGGUCCUAGGUUUAUUUAUUUAUUUUUGUUUGUUUUCGGACACCAAUCAUGCUUUGCGAUGGCUGGUUCUGAAUGUCUUUCUCUCGUUCUUGCAUUUUAAAAAAACGUAGAGACGUGGAGAGGAAUGUUUGAACGCUGAGUAAUGUGAUUAACCUCGCCAUCUGUUUCAGCGGUGCAGGAUAGCAGACUAAUAUAGUAAUAUAGUAGGAAAGGUUUUCACUGUUAUACUUUAUUUUUUUAUGCGUGGGGGCAGGGGGGUUGAGCACAAACGGAUUUAUGAAUGAACAUCGAAAGCACAGACGAAAUAAAUGUGUGAAAGGAGAACAAAAAAAUAUAGAAAUGAAAUUCCAAUGCAGUGUGUUCGAACAUGUUUUCUUCCUCUUCCCCCCCCCCCCCCCCCCGCCCCGCUCCCCGCAUUUAUCGUUCUAGCUUUUCAUUUUUUCCCCUUUUCUUUCUAUAAAGUGAAAUUGAAAACAGUGGCCUUGUGUUUCCUGAACACAUCAGAGCCUACAGUGUAUGUUUGGAAGUGUAGCCAUUCAUUUUUUUUUUUUCUUUUUUUUUUUUUCCCUCCCUCCUUCCUUGUCAUGGUGACGGAGAGCAAACAGGGAAGUCGACGCGAACAGAAGACACGAUGUGCGCGCUUGUGCUAUAUUUACUAGACUUCCUCUCACACGACAGCUGCGACAGUUCACACAGGACGUUUGGAUUUUUUAUUUUAUUUUUUUUUUCUUCCACCCUGCCUCCAUCCAAAGCGCGAGACUUUCUGGAUAAUUUAGAGUUCCGUGGAGGGGAAAAAAAAAAAGCCAAAAAAACAAAGACGUGAUCAGAAUCCCUGUUUUCGCCUUUUGUUUACAUUUUAAAAUGUCAUCGUGGUGAUGAAAUAAAUGUCCGGAUUUGACACGGCCGCCAUCUUGAACGGAGCCAAAUAAACGGCUUUAAAAGAACGAGCGUAGGACGUGAAUUAGAACGUAUUAAACGUUCAGCAGAUUUUGGUGUUUCGUUGAGAGUAAAGCCGUUACGAUAGAUCAUCAUCCACCGGGUACGUUUUUUACGUCGCAGUUAAAGAUUUAGUCGAGAUAGCAGGGCCUCCCCCAACUUUUCACAUUCACACAUGAAGUCACGCAUUUCUGUUUCACGUCCGUUUUAUCUUCGUUUAGAACGUUUGCAGACUCGCAGCGGAUGUGAGGUAUAUCCUUCCUCAUUUCAUUCCUUUCAGGGCUUUUUUUUUUUUUUUUUUUUUUUUUUUUUAAUUGCCCUCUCCUUUGAAGUCAUGAGGUACUGACACAAGACAGCACGCAUAAAGGUGAUGAUGAGUGUGACUGUAGCGAGGCAUUCGAUUCUUCGAUGAUUCACAGAAAUACGUCUAUAGUGACGUACGGAGACGAUGCCUGACCUCAGGCCAAUCUCUUUUCUGUUUUCUAUUCUAUUUAAAUGUGUAAUACUAAUGGCCAAUGAUGUACACGUGGAGGCCAUUACGAGGAGUCUUCAACUCCUCUCGUAUGAAGCAGUGCUUUUAUGGUAGCGGAAACGUUUAAUCGGUAAUAACUUGGACAUCCCUUACUUUUUUUUUUUUUUUCCUUCCCUUCCUUCUAAAGGAAGCGUUCUGAGUGAGAAGGACUGAUGGUUAUUGGAGUGUUGGUUUCAGGGAAGCGUGCGCUUCGGUUUCUACGUCCUUACUGAUACUUUCCCUGCCGAUGAAGCUCGAAUCAGAGAGAGCUCAACGUUCAUUUCUUCUUUAACGUUAAAUCUACAAAAUUCAUAGAUUGUUUUUUUUUUUUGUUUGUUUGUUUGUUUUGUUUUUGGAACCACAUCGUAGUGUUUAAAAAUAAAUAAAUAAAUAUUUACCAAAAAAGAAAAAAAAAAAGCAUGCUAGAGCUACUCACUAGUCAUUUUUAUGAAGUGUGCUUUAGGAUAGCGAGUGUUACGAUGUUAGAAAACUUCCCUUUCUGAUCGAUUUAGAUUUUAACAAUCACCAGAGAAAUUUUUUUUUUAAAUUAUUCUAAACAUUUUUUUAAAGUUUAUACUAUUCUAUAGAAUAGUACUAUAUCUACUUUUAUUUGAUUUUUUUUUUUUUUUUUUUUUCCCUUUCAUCGAAGGUCAGUGUACAGAUGUGGUGCUUGACAGACCUCGUCCUUUAGCCUCCUCUCCACCUCGACCCUAGCCAGUGGGGAAGAGGACACGGAGAAACUAGAGCACUUGCGCUCUAGAGAAAAGGGCUAUGAAAUUAUCUCAAAAAAAAAAAAAGAGAGAGAACGAUUCGAAGACGUUCAUAUGGUUACCUGCCUGAGGUCCGAUCAUCCAGGUCUCAAGCAUCUUCAGAUCCCACUAGCUUGCUCUGUUCGAGCAGAUCACGCGUAUCGAGCGCUCAUCACGGCCAGAAUAAAAAAAAAGCCCCGACACAAACUAAAAAGAGCAAGAAUGUUCGAUGCGUGUGACCUGCUGGAGCAGAGAUCUUAACCAGAGGACUAUGACGCACCUGACCUACAUGCGGUAGACGUCGUCGUCGUCGUCGUCGUCGUCCCUGGUCUGACUAAUCUGAGAGGGGAGGCUCGAGGACUAUAGAGUUGAGUAAGCAAGCACAACGUGAAACACGUACACAUGAAAUGUAUCGUGACGAACUGGUGUGAGAUCAAAUGAUAAAAAAAUAAAUAAAUAAACAAGCAACGAAAACAGCAUCAUCUGAAUGGCAGCGGUGUUAAUGUUAAGUUAACGUGUAAAUAUUAGCGACAGCGCUGUGAGAGAGAAAAACAGCAGCGGUCUGCCACAGAAUGGGCAGUGCCUUUAUUUCGGGAAUCUGACCAAGGUGGCCUUUGAUUAAAAAAAAUCAUUAAAAAAAAGACGCUUUUAUCCCAACUGAGCAAAACAAGACGUUAAAUCAAGAUGGGCUGAUUGGUCUUUUUUAUUAUUAUUUAUUUAAUUUUUUUUUAAAAAGCAGGAUCUCCAUUAAUCUUCGCUGUGCCAUUUGUUAUGUUUCAUCAUGUGGCCAUGUCGUGUCCAUAGAUAAAACGUAUCCAUGUAACCUUUCACUUCCAUGGUGAUUUAUGCUUUUUGUAGCACUCAAUAAUGCCCACUGUCAAAAAAAAAAAACCAAAAAAAAAACAUCACCACCAAUACCACCACCAACAACAACGGGAGUCCUAUAAGAAAACAUGAAAUGACCUUUAUUAUAUCUGUUCUGUGCCUCUGGCAAACAAAUAUGCUAUGGAAUGUCCUCGUGUCCCUGUAGCCAAAAUCUACACGCUAUGUACGUGAACAUGUAUCAAUAUGCAUGAUUGCCAUUAGAAGUUAGUACACUGCUUGACCUUUACUAUUCUUCGUAACGAUGUUUUUUGUUUGUUUGUUUGUUUGUUUUAUGCGUUUUUUCUCUGGAACACUCCUCUCCGAGAGUCGGCCAAAAAGUCUGAGCGCAGGAUUCUCACCCAAAACCCUGAACACGGCUGUACACACACACACACACACGCACACACACACACGCGCACACACACACAGCGAAACUACAAGGUCACUUGUAUGUUUGUGCACUUCAGUUUAAAAACAAAAAGGACAAAAAAAAAAACAACAACAACAAAGGAAUCAAAAACGAAAAAAAAAAAUCAGUUAAGUUGGACAGGAAUAGUUUUUACGUUCUUCAGUUGUUGUUUUUUAAUUUAAAUUUUUUUUUUUUUUGGUUUGUUUUUUUUCUUUCUUUCCAAUUCCAGUUUCUCUGAUCUGAGAUGACGGUUACGCAUGGGCUCCUAAAGCUGUUCCUCCUUAAGAUGUCCCCGAUACCAUGGCAAACCUAUUCCAACUAAAUUAUUAUUUGUGGAUUUUAGUGUUUUACUUUUUCUAUUUUUUAAAAAAAAAGAACCCAAUGUUAGGAGUAGACUAUUUUACCUUAAGAGCAAUAGUUAUAUUUAGUAGAUCGUUAUUUGCUUUUUAUUUUUUUUAUUAUUAUUAUUAUUAUUAUUAUUAUAAUUAUUUUAUUUUAUUUUUCCAUUUCUUGUGUCUUUAGAUUGUGUACGAUGUUAUAUAUUUGACGAAAAAAAAAAAACAACAACAAAAAAAAAACAAAAAACAAAGGUUAAAGCUGAAUUAUAAAGGAAUGCCUGAAAUACAAAUUCAAUUAUAGCACUUGAGAUAAUACAAGGAAGGAGAAUGAAGGUCAGAUAAAACCACACAUUCAGCUUCAAGUCUUCAUCGGUAGAACAUUCAUGGUCUAUUUAACAUAGUCUUGUGCCUUGAAGUUUCAGUAAUAGAACUUUAUACGGUAGUUGUAUUUUUAUUCUGAGUCCUGUGUUUUGCCUCUUGUUGGUAUUCAGUGCUUUGGCUGUGUUGAGGAUUUAUAGAGACUGAGGAUAUGUUUGUCUUGUUUUAUUUUUUUCGUACAGGAAAUACCACAUUUGGAAUAAAUUAGGACAAAUGUUACCUGGGCAAUAUUGACUGUGUAGAAGGUAAUAAGAUACUGGUAUUAUUAUUAUUAUUAUUAUUAUAAUUAUUAUAAUUAUUAUUAUUAUUAUUUUUUUAAUCCCUGCUAUGUUGAAUGUGUCUCCUGUCGGAUGAAGUGUAUUUGUCGGGAAUUGUUCUCCAUUUCAAUGUUUUAACGUGGCAAGUUAUUCGUCAUUUUAUUUAUAUAUAUAUAUA